UGGUGGUGGUGGUGGUGGUGCUGUUGUGGCGGUGGUGGUGGUGCCGGUGCUGCUGGCGGUGGUGCUGGUGGUGGUGGUGGACCGCGGUUCGAUAACCGACGAAUCGCAUCGUUGCAAACCGGCCUGGACCGCAUCGUCGGAUACGCGUGCUCUCCUUCAAAAACGGAAGGAGGAAAAAGAGAAACAUCAUUCUGCCUGUUUCCUCGUGGCCAACUCGACAACAAAAGGAUCGACAACGAGUGACCCGGCAUAAAGUUCGAGAGCGCACAACUAACGUGCAAAUACGAAGUGAAUAUUUUUCAAGAAAUUUCCUCACUGUCCUUUGGUCCAAUCAUAAAAAGAAGAAAUCUCGUCGAUGGACGACGUCACAUCGUUGGGUCUUCGAGAAACAAGAAAAGAAACAAGAAAAAUCCGUCGUUGAUUUUUAGUUUAUAUCCAAAAGAUAUUAUUCAGGAUAUCGAAAAAAAAAGGAGGAAAAAAGAAAAGAAACAAGAUUGAAGAAUAAAAACAAGAACAAGAAGAAUAAGAAAGAAGAAAUCAAAUUAGCUGCUUGUCAUAUUGACUUGUGUCGGUGAAUAUUAUAAAAUAAAUAUAUAUAUAUAUAUAUAUAUAUAUAUAUAUAUAUAUAUACACGUGUGUGUACGAUAUGUUCGAAGGAAGACAAAUUCGUUGUCUUGAUACUUCGUUGAAAAAGAAAUUAAAAUAGAAAAAAAAGAGAAGAAAAAAGAAAAGGAGGAGAAAGAGAAGGAGAAAAAGAAGAAGAGUCGAGCUCGGAUAGAAACGUUUCUAAUCUUGUUUCUAAUCGAGAAGGAGGAAACGAGGAUCGAGUUUUGCGAUGCCACGAAAGUGGUGUGCAAAGGAUCGUGCGUUAAAAAGGAUCAUCACAUACCGUGGAUACACGUGAGAGAGCUUGUUCGAUUAAAAGAAGAUCUAGCAAACGAAAGACGAAGAGAAGGAAGAGCACUCAAUUAAGGUCAUUGAUUCGUUCGAAAACAUUUCGUUGGAGUCCCGCAGAUGGGAGCUCGGUUGGCUGGACCCGACGGGGUUGUGAAAAUCCUCACGAGAAGAGAUCGAAUCGUAGAAGUCUCGAAAGGACAUAUCGUUCGAGUAUCGACGCUCGUAGUAGUACCUCUGGUACUACUCUUAGCGUUUCUCGAUCCUCGUUAUCGUCCACCAUCUCGAUCCUUGUACCGAGCUUAUCCUAGCUCACCCUUCUCCCUCCUGAUUCGGCCGCGAAAACUCGAUCAAGCUGGAAUUGAUGGAGUUGGAGAACAUCGUGGCCAACACUGUGUACCUCAAAGCGAGAGAAGGCGGUGGUGACAGCAACAAAGGAAAGAGUAAGAAAUGGCGGAAGAUACUUCAGUUUCCACACAUUUCCCAAUGCAUCGGCCUAAAAGAUAAAUUGGACAUUAGGUACGGGUAUGUGGUGGAUCAACAACCAAUCGGAAGACUUCUCUUCAGGCAAUUUUGCCAGAACAAGAAACCGGCCUAUCAUCGAUACAAUCUUUUUUUGGAUGCUAUUGAAAAAUACGAGAUCGAGAUGGAUGAAAAUCGUAUGGAACUAGCAAAGGAAUUAUUCGAACAGUACCUGAAACGUGAAGGCUCCGAAGUGGUUGAUAUUUUGAACGAUUCAUUGAUAUCACAAUGCGAGGAGAGAUUAAGCUCCGGUGGAAAAGAAUUGUUCGUUGAGAUCGCACAAACGGUGAAAAAUUUUCUCGCUGGUGAACCAUUUUCAGCCUUUCAAACCAGUUUCUAUUUUUACAGGUAUCUUCAAUGGAAAUGGUUGGAGGCUCAACCGGUAACCUACAAGACGUUCCGUAUGUAUAGAGUCCUUGGUAAAGGUGGUUUCGGUGAGGUAUGUGCCUGCCAGGUCAGAGCGACCGGUAAGAUGUAUGCCUGUAAGAAACUGGAGAAGAAGAGGAUAAAGAAGAGAAAGGGAGAGGCUAUGGUGCUGAUUGAAAAGAAUAUACUACAGAAAAUCAAUUCUAAGUUCGUUGUAUCGUUAGCCUAUGCAUAUGAAACCAAGGAUGCCCUCUGUCUUGUUUUGACGAUUAUGAAUGGGGGUGAUUUGAAGUUUCACAUUUACAAUAUGGGCGGUGAACCAGGUUUCGAUAUUAACCGGGCUAGAUUUUAUGCCGCCGAGGUUGUAUGCGGUUUGGAGCAUUUGCAUCUUCAAGGUAUUGUUUAUAGGGACUGUAAACCGGAGAAUAUAUUACUCGAUGAUCAUGGUCACGUUAGGAUAUCUGAUCUUGGCCUGGCUGUAGAGAUUACCGAGGGUGACAUGGUACGCGGUAGAGUUGGAACUGUUGGUUACAUGGCACCUGAAGUGAUCGACAACGAGAAAUAUACGUUUUCACCUGAUUGGUUCAGUUUCGGUUGUCUUCUGUACGAAAUGAUCGAAGGUCAAGCUCCGUUCAGAGCAAGAAAAGAAAAGGUUAAACGCGAGGAAGUCGACAGAAGAGUUAAAGAAGAUCAAGAAAGGUAUUCAUCCAAAUUCACCGAGGAAGCUAAGAGCCUUUGCCAGCAGUUACUCAAGAAAAGUCCAAAAAACAGAUUGGGCUGCAAGUGCGGCAGACAUGGGGCGAAGGAGGUCAAACUUCAUAGUUUCUUUCAGUGCUUAAACUGGAAGAGGGUCGAGGCUGGUAUGUGGGAACCGCCAUUUGUGCCGGAUCCUCACGCUGUCUACGCUAAAGACGUCCUAGACAUCGAGCAAUUCUCGACGGUGAAAGGUGUUAAUCUCGAUGCCACGGACGACACCUUUUACAGUAAAUUUAACACGGGAAGCGUAUCCAUUCCUUGGCAAAACGAGAUGAUAGAGACUGAGUGUUUUAAGGAACUGAAUGUGCUAGGUCCUAACAACACGCCUACUCCAGACUUAUUGAUAAAUUAUCCACCGCAGAACAACGAGAAUAGAGGCUGUUUUCCAUUCCGUAGAAAGGAGAAGCAGAGCGCACGUACAAAGGAGAUACCGUUAUCCGAGUGCCAUUUGUUGGAGCUGUCACAGAGUCAGAGCUCUGAGAUUUCGGUCAGCUGACUCAGGGUGAA